AUGCGAAAUUCCACGCCAACGUCGUCCUACGGGCGCCAUCGCCAUCGGGCCAAGUGGAGUGCCACGGUAAGGGCCGCUUUUCUACUGCUGCUGCAACUGUCCGCGCACGGGGCGCAUGCGCAGACGCAAAAUCAACCGCCACACUUCGUGCCCGGCAGUGGCGAUAUGUCACGUUUCAGUUUGCUCGAGAACACGCCAGUCGGCAGUCCGGUGUAUCAGUUGCGCGCUCAGUCAAAAUUGGGAAAGAGCUCUCCAGGUCAUCUGAUAUUAGACGAGGACUUAGACUGGGACGAGACGCUCUCGUGCGCCUUCUUCAAUAUAUUACUGGAAAAUGUGAUACAACACACGAGGAGCGCUUUUAUUAUUUUGGCGCUUUGCGUCGCCGGACUUUGUGCUGAUGCUAGCACGGAUACACUUUUGAGAAAGGCACGUGCCGCUCAGGGUUAUGAUUACCCACCACCCUCUAUUCCAUUCCCCGAGCCAACGAGGCCACCACCAGUGGUGACGCGUCCACCAGCACCGAAGACUACUCGUCCACCACCCCCACCGGUGACACGUCCACCACCAACAUACUUGCCACCCACAAACAAACCACAGCCUCCGGCACCUAAGCCAACAACUCGUCCACCACCACCACCGGUGACUCGUCCACCAGCACCGAAGACAACUCGUCCUCCUCCACCACCGGUGACACGCCCACCACCAACAUACUUGCCACCCACAAACAAACCACAGCCUCCGGCACCUAAGCCAACAACUCGUCCACCACCACCACCGGUGACGCGUCCACCAGCACCGAAGACAACUCGUCCUCCUCCACCACCGGUGACACGUCCACCACCAGUAGAGCGUACCACAUAUGUUUACAAUGUACCAGAAAAUCCAUUGACCUAUCCUCCACCAACCAAUAAACCACAACCACCAGCACCAAAACCAACUACUCGUCCACCACCACCACCAGUGACUCGUCCACCAGCACCGACUUGACAACCCGACCAAUAAACCACCACCACCGGUGACACGUCCACCACCAACUACUCGCCACCCACAAACAAACCACAACCACCAGCACCUAAGCCAACAACUCGUCCACCACCACCACCGGUGACUCGUCCACCAGCACCGAAGACAACUCGUCCUCCACCCCCAGUGACGAAGCCACCACCAACUUACCUGCCACCAACCAAUAAACCACAACCACCAGCACCUAAGCCAACAACUCGUCCACCACCACCACCAGUCACUCGUCCCCCACCACCAAGAACUGCCCCUGGACCUACAUACUUGCCACCCACAAACAAACCACAACCACCAGCACCAAAACCUACUACUCGUCCCCCACCACCACCAGUGACUCGUCCACCAGCACCGAAAACAACUCGUCCACCACCCCCAGUGACGAAGCCACCACCAACUUACUUGCCCCCGACCAAUAAACCACAACCACCAGCACCAAAACCAACUACUCGUCCACCACCACCACCAGUGACUCGUCCACCACCACCGAAGACAACCCGUCCUCCACCCCCAGUGACGAGACCACCACCAACUUACUUGCCACCCACCAACAAACCCCAACCACCAGCACCAAAACCAACAACUCGUCCACCACCACCACCAGUGACUCGUCCACCAGCACCGAAGACAACUCGUCCUCCACCACCACCAGUAACUCGUCCCCCACCACCAAGAACUACACCAGGACCAACAUACUUGCCACCCACCAACAAACCACAACCUCCAGCACCUAAGCCAACAACUCGUCCACCACCACCACCAGUGACUCGUCCCCCAGCACCAAAAACAACUCGUCCUCCACCUCCAGUGACGAAGCCCCCACCAACUUACUUGCCACCCACCAACAAACCACAACCACCAGCACCUAAACCAACUACUCGUCCACCACCACCAGUGACUCGUCCACCAGCACCGAAGACAACUCGUCCUCCACCCCCAGUGACGAAGCCACCACCAACUUACUUGCCACCAACCAAUAAACCACAACCACCAGCACCAAAACCAACUACUCGUCCACCACCACCAGUCACUCGUCCCCCACCACCAAGAACUACACCAGGACCAACAUACUUGCCACCCACUAACAAACCACAACCCCCGGCACCUAAGCCAACAACUCGUCCACCACCACCACCAGUGACUCGUCCACCAGCACCGAAGACAACUCGUCCUCCACCUCCAACAACCCGUCCUCCACCUCCAGUGACGAGACCACCACCAACUUAUUUACCACCCACCAACAAACCCCAGCCACCAGCACCAAAACCAACAACUCGUCCACCACCACCAGUGACUCGUCCACCAGCACCGAAGACAACCCGUCCUCCACCUCCAGUGACGAGACCACCACCAACUUACUUGCCACCCACCAACAAACCUCAACCACCAGCACCAAAACCAACAACUCGUCCACCACCACCAGUGACUCGUCCACCAGCACCGAAGACAACCCGUCCACCACCUCCAGUGACGAGACCACCACCAACUUACUUGCCACCCACCAACAAACCUCAACCACCAGCACCAAAACCAACAACUCGUCCACCACCACCAGUCACUCGUCCACCAGCACCGAAGACUACCCGUCCACCACCCCCACCCGUGACUCGUCCACCACCCAAGGAUGACGGCUAUAAAUACCCCGUGCCAAGCAUUCCUUUCGAUUUUUAG